GAACCAGCAGCGAUGGCGGGCCUUGCACCACCGAACUUGACGGCUCAAAAGACCAAAGUCGAAGAGAAAGUGGAUUACUCAAACCUCCCUUGCCCUCUUCCCUAUGAAGAAAUCCACCGUGAAGCUUCCAUUUCAUUAAAGCCAGAACUAUUCGAUGGUUUCCGCUUCGAGUUUAACAAGAUGUUGAACCACAAGUUUUUCCUCAGCCAUACCGUAAUGAUGGGACCAACACAGGUUCCUACUCAUUCAUCUGAUAUAAUCAAAAUUCCAACUGCUGACUAUGAAUUUGGUGCAAAUUUUAUUGACCCAAAGUUGAUGCUUAUCGGAAGGGUCUUGACGGAUGGUAACCUAAACGCGAGAAUCAAGUGCAAUUUAACUGAUAAUUUGACCAUAUUUUAUAAUGGUCAGCUUACAAGUAAAAAAGAUAAGUCACAAGGCGUGGUCUCCUGUGAUUACAAGGGGUCAGACUACAGAACCAAGCUUCAGAUUGGAAGCGGCUCCCUCUAUGCAGCUAACUAUAUUCAGCAUGUGACACCCCAUUUAUCUUUGGGUGGUGAGGUUUUCUGGAUUGGUGAGCAUCGUCAGUCGUGUAUUGGUUAUGCAGCUCGAUAUGAGACUGAUAAAAUGAUUGCCUCUGGGCAAGUUUCUUCCUCUGGUGUGGUUAUCAUGAACUAUGUUCAUAAGGUGGUUUCAGAGAAGAUCUCACUUGUAGCAGAUUUCAUGUACAAUUUAAUGUCGAGAGAUGUUACAGCUAGUGUUGGGUAUGACUACGUUUUUCGACAGUGUCGGCUAAGAGGAAAGAUUGACUCUAAUGGAGUUACCUCUGCUUACCUAGAAGAAGUAUUGCCUAUUCCUGGUGAUGGACUCCGUUUUCUUGUAUCCGCAGAGGUGGAUCAUGUGAAGAAAGAUUACAAGUUUGGUUUCGGUGUUACCGUCGGUUAAUCAAUCCUAUGAUAGUUAAAGCCUCAUGCGAUUUCAGGCUCUAAUUAACAUUCUUGUUAUUUUUCUGGCUGUUAACUUUUUAAAUUUAUUUUUGUUUCUCCUCAGAGAUAAUAGU